AUGGUGCGCAAACUCAAGCACCACGAAUCGCGGCUGCUGCGCAAGGUCGACCUGAUCAGCUACAAGUCGGAUGGGCAUAAGGCGUCUCACCGCGAAGCCGAAGUCCGGCGCCGCUACCACCUGACCCAGCCGCUCGACUACAGCAAGUACAACGUGUUGUGCGGCCGGUUGCGACAACUGGCCCACAUGCUGUCCAACCUCGACCCCACGGACCCCUACCGCGUCGAGAUGGAGACGGUCAUGCUGGAAAAGUUGCAUCAGCUCGGCGUCCUGAAACAGAGUCGCGGCCAAGGGGCCGGGCUGAGCAGCGUAGAGAAGGACAUCACCGUGUCGGCCUUCUGCAGACGUCGACUCGGCGUGGUCAUGGUGCGCAUCGGCAUGGUCGAGCAUGUCAGCACCGCCCACAAGUUUGUCGAGCAAGGUCAUGUGCGCGUCGGCACCGAGGUCGUCACCGACCCGGCGUUUUUGAUCUCCAGAGGCAUGGAGGACUUCGUCACCUGGGUGGACGGCAGCAAGGUCAAGAGGCAGGUGCUGCAGUAUCGCGACAAGCUGGACGAUUUCGAUUUGUUGUGA